AUGGCUGUCCUCCCGCGUUACUAUUGUGCGUACGAUGAUAACUGCUACUACUCAUCCUGGGACAACUGGGGUCGCUGGGUAGCCUUCGCCGUCAUCGUCGGCUGCGCCUUUCUUGUCUUCUUCUUCUUCGCUUGCUUCAACGCCCGCCGCCGCCGUGCUCGCGGACGGCCCCCGAUAGCAGGAACAGCCUGGAUGGCACCACCCCCAGGCCCUCCCCCGCCCAACCAACCCAUCUACCAACAGGCUUACCACGGCAACGAUCCCAAUUACCCAGCGCAGCCACCCCCACAAUACUCCGCGAACCCUCAGAAUUACGGCUACUUUGGCGCCCAGGGAACCAACCCUCAGCAGAACGGCAUCGAGAUGCAGCCACCUCCCCACACGUACGCUGGCGGGGGCCGCGAGUACGAACCGCCCAUGGGACCACCUCCAGCCAAGGCGUGA